CACUUGACGAUGACUUCCAAGAUAAACCCACCGAUUUCCGGUCCUGGACUACUGCCGACGCUAAUGGGGAUUUUAUUUAUACUUUCGGCUUCCGUGCCAGGCGCCACUUCUGAUUCGGAACCAAAGAGUGGCAGUGUCUCGCCUCUGGAUCGUCUCCACGCAGGACUUUUCCUAAACUACGACAGCGAUGUGCAGCCCCAGUUCCAAGGAUCUCCCACCAACGUAUCCCUCGGCAUGGUAAUCAACUAUAUUGACAUCGAUGAGAUGAAUGGCAAAAUGACGACCCACUGCUGGCUGAAUAUCCGAUGGCGGGAUGAGCAGCGCGUGUGGCAACCAUCGGAAUAUGAAAACAUCACGGAGAUCACUUUGCAAGCCAGCGAGAUUUGGACGCCGCAGAUCACGCUCUUCAAUGGCGACGAGGGUGGCCUGUUGGCGGACACCCAGGUGACCCUCAGCCAUGACGGACACUUCAGGCGGAUGCCCCCAGCCUUGUACACGGCCUACUGCGACCUCAAUAUGCUCAAUUGGCCGCACGACAAGCAGACCUGCAAGCUGAAGAUUGGCUCCUGGGGAUUGAAAACCAUCCUGCCCGACAAUAGCACAAAUGGAAAAUCCCUGGACCACGACGACCUGGUGCAAUCGCCGGAGUGGGAGAUCGUCGACUCCCGGGCGGAGUUUGUGAGUCAGGACUACAACGGCUACAUGGAGUACACUCUUACGGCUCAGAGGCGAUCCUCUAUGUACACUGCCGUCAUCUACACACCGGCCUCCUGCGUAGUUAUCCUCGCACUUUCCGCCUUUUGGCUGCCACCUCACAUGGGCGGCGAGAAGAUCAUGAUCAAUGGACUCCUCAUCAUUGUGAUCGCCGCCUUCUUGAUGUACUUUGCCCAACUGCUGCCCGUGCUUUCGAACAACACACCACUUGUGGUGCUUUUCUACAGCACCACCCUGCUAUUUUUGAGCGCCUCCACGAUUAUUGAGGUGCUGGUCCUGUACCUGGCCACUGCGAAGCACAAGAGGCGUCUUCCGGAGGCGCUGAGGAAGCUGCUCCACGGCAAGCUGGGCACGUGGCUGCUCCUCUCCCAGUUCAGCACCACCGGGGAGUCGGAGACGGAAAAGACCAAGGAGAUGGACGAGCACCUGUACGAGAAUGCCGACUAUCAAGAUGCGACCAGUCCCCUGGGCAUCAAUCCCGCCGAAACAACGGGCUCCAAGGCCAACCAAUUUGACUGGGCGUUGCUGGCCACCGCCGUGGAUCGCAUCUUCUUCGUGGUCUUCAGCCUGGCGUUCCUGAUCCUGGCCAUCAGCUGUGCCGUCUAG